CAAGGCUUUCGGAGCUAGUAGGUGAGACUGCACGUGGGAGAACAGUGCCUGCUCCUUCCUCAGACGAAGCUCGCCAUUGCUAUGGAUACCGAAUCCACAUAUUCUGGAUAUUCCUACUACUCAAGCCAUUCCAAAAAAUCUCACAGGCAAGGGGAAAGAACAAGAGAAAGACACAAAUCACCACGGAAUAAAGAUGGCAGAGGGUCAGAAAAGUCUGUCACUAUCCAGGCUCCCACUGGAGAGCCCCUACUGGCAAGCGACUCUGCCCGCACAGGCACAGAGGAAGUUCAGGAUGACAACUGGGGAGAAACCACCACAGCCAUCACAGGCACCUCGGAGCACAGUAUAUCCCAAGAGGACAUUGCCAGGAUUAGCAAGGACAUGGAAGACAGCGUGGGGCUGGACUGCAAGCGCUAUCUGGGCCUCACCGUCGCCUCGUUCCUUGGACUUCUUGUCUUCCUCACCCCCAUCGCCUUCAUCCUGCUACCCCAGAUCCUGUGGAGGGAGGAGCUGAAACCCUGUGGUGCCAUCUGUGAGGGACUUCUCAUUUCUGUGUCGUUCAAACUGCUUAUUUUGCUCAUCGGGACCUGGGCACUCUUCUUCCGCAAGCAAAGAGCGGACGUGCCGCGGGUGUUCGUGUUCCGAGCCCUGCUGUUGGUCCUCAUCUUUCUUUUUGUGGUUUCCUAUUGGCUUUUUUAUGGGGUCCGCAUUUUGGACUCUCGGGACCAGAAUUACAAGGACAUUGUGCAAUACGCAGUCUCCCUUGUGGAUGCGCUGCUUUUCAUCCACUACCUGGCCAUCGUCCUGCUGGAGCUGCGGCAGCUGCAGCCCAUGUUCACGCUGCAGGUGGUCCGCUCCACCGAUGGAGAGUCCCGGUUCUACAGCCUGGGACACCUGAGCAUCCAGAGAGCAGCGUUGGUGGUUCUGGAAAAUUACUACAAGGACUUCACCAUCUAUAACCCAAACCUCCUAACAGCAUCCAAGUUCCGAGCAGCCAAGCACAUGGCUGGCCUGAAAGUCUACAAUGUAGAUGGGCCCAGUAACAACGCCACCGGCCAGUCCCGAGCCGUGAUGGCCGCAGCUGCCCGGCGCAGGGACUCCAGCCACAAUGAACUGUAUUAUGAAGAGGCCGAACAGGAGCGCCGGGUGAAAAAGCGGAGAGCGAGAUUGGUGGUGGCCGUAGAAGAAGCCUUCAUCCACAUCCAGCGUCUCCAGGCUGAGGAGCAACAGAAGUCUCCCGGGGAAGUGAUGGACCCCAGAGAGGCAGCACAAGCCAUCUUCCCCUCCAUGGCCAGGGCGCUCCAGAAGUACCUGCGCACCACGCGACAGCAACACUACCACAGCAUGGAGAGCAUCCUGCAGCACCUGGCUUUCUGCAUCACAAAUAGCAUGACCCCCAAGGCUUUCCUUGAACGGUACCUCAGCGCGGGCCCCACCUUGCAGUAUGACAAGGAUCGCUGGCUCUCGACCCAGUGGAGACUUAUCAGUGAUGAGGCUGUGACGAACGGGUUACGGGAUGGAAUUGUUUUUGUCCUGAAAUGCUUGGACUUCAGCCUCGUGGUCAAUGUGAAGAAAAUCCCGUUCAUCGUACUCUCUGAGGAAUUCAUAGACCCCAAAUCUCACAAGUUUGUUCUUCGCUUGCAGUCUGAGACAUCGGUUUAAAAGGUCUAUACUUGUGGCUUUAUGGAAAACAAAAGAAGAAUAUAUAAAUGGAUAGAUUAUAUAUAUGUGUGUGUGUGUCCAGGGGGAAGUUCUUUUAUAAAGAUUUUUUUUUAAUUCAACACUGACUGAAACUGGCAGAGGAUAGACCAGUAUCCUUCGACCAUCUGCACUUUAUUUGGACGGAAGCAGAUGUCCACCCUGACAAGCGACCAGUGGCGUCUGACUUUAAUAGAUGGGACUUCUGAAGAAUCUGUUCCCUGGAGUUUCCGUGACAGCUGUAAACCAAAGUGUAGCUGCUGUGUCCUCGGGAGCCUCGCCUUACAACUGGUCCCUGCCUACGGCCCAGUACCACAUCCCCCUGUGUUUCUGGUCGACCCCCUCAUAGAUUCUAGUGGACUCACUUUAUUCUGCUUCUGGAAACCAGACACUACACACCUACGUAUGUGUUUGUACG